AUGCUCAGCAAGACGGUCUGCGCGCUGUGUGUGGCAGCUGUGGCGUUCUCUACCGGCGCCGUAGACGCAUCGGCCGAGGUGGCCCAGACUUACGGGCGGCUCGCCCACGACAGCUACGGCAGACCGGACGCCUACGGAAGGACUGCCAGCACGUACGGUAGGGUCAACGACGACGCUGUCAGACACAACAACGGCGGAUACGGCCAGCCGGUUAAUGCGUAUGGCCGACGCAGUGAUUCCUACGACAAGGUGGAUGACGACGCCAAGCGCCAUGGCGUUUAUGGCAAGGUGGACGACGACGACGCCAAGCGCAAUCGCAUCUACGGCCAGCCUGUGCACAACUACGACCGCCCCAACACUGGUUACAACAACAAGGUCGAGGACGACGCCGACAAGCGGAACCGCGUAUAUGGUCGGCCCAUGAACAACUACGACCGACCCGGCACUGCCUAUGGCAAAGUGGACGACGAUGCCGUCAAGCGCAACAACGGCGCAUACGGCAAGGUGGACGACGACACGAAGCGCAACGGCGUAUACGGCAGAUCUGCAAACAACUACGGCCGCCCCAGCACUGUGUACGGCAGGGUGGAUGACGACACCACCAAGCGCAACGGCGUGUACGGUCGGCCCGCCAAUCGCUACGGAGACGCAGCGCCGAGCACGGGCGUCUACGCCGGCGCGCCUGCCAACAAUGGUGCUGGCGGUAACGCGGGCCCAGACGUGAAUGCGGCGGAUACGGGUGUGUAUGGCGGUGCGAAGGGCGUUUCAGCCGACGCUACUACUGCGGCAGCCGCCACGCCUGCUGCCGCUGCUGCUCCGACGGGCAAGGCCGACGUGGGCGUCUCGCAGAACGCGGACCCCUCACAGGCAACGCAAACGGCCUUGCAGACUGGCAAUUACCGCCGCUUGCGCGCGUAA